UUUCUACUGAAGGACCACUGUAACAGGGCUUUCAAGAAGCUGGCGGGCAACUCGCAAUUCCGACCAUCAUUACACGGGCUUGCUCUUGCCGGAAUUGUUUUUCAACAAACAAAUUUGCAUUUGUAUUGAGCUCUAUUUCAAUGCCACAUACCUCAACCAAUUCAGCAAUGGCCUUUGUCUGGUUCGUGGAGCUAAGCGCACUCUUCUUCAAGUGUCCUCUUGAGGCUCUUGGAACUUCGGCACCAACCAACGCUUCAUUCAAUCAGGAAAACGACACUUCCAGGCUCAAUUGAAGGGACUUGUGUAGAUGUGCUCUCUGUUUUCAUCACGUUAAAUAAAGUGAGAUUACAAAUUGGGUGAUUGCCUUGAGGAGGAUGCCGUUAAAGUGGCUAAUCUUGAGCUCGAUAAUUGGGUUAAGUUUCGCUCAUGUGCCUGGAGAGGAUCAUCAUGAUAGAGAGCACCAUUUUAUGGGUCCAACGGAUCAUGGAAAAGCAUCUCGUGGGGGCAAUUCACCCAUAAGGAUGUCGGAAAUUGCUACUCGUUAUGUGUCUCCGCCUCUUGCACCAACAUACAUACAUCUGUUGAGACAUGUCCCUUCCCAACAAUUCGCUGAUUUCCGUCCAAGUCAACCUUUGCCGAUUAGCUCAACAUUAAGUGAUAUUACUGGCCAGUCCCUUUCAAGUCCUUUCAGCCCUCAUGAGAAGUCUCAUUCUCCUUUUGAGCCACGAUUCCACGUUGAGCGUGAGGAGAUAUCUGAUGAAGAAUGGCAACAGGAAAUACUGAAUUCAUUUCAAGGCAGCGGGCUCGUGCCAUUUGUAUUUGACAGCAUUCCUGCUGGAUUGAUAAACAUCAAUUUUGGAACUCACAAUUGCGUGCACAUGGGUACAGAUAUCAAUCCGGAAUCGAGCGCAUAUGAACCCUCGUCUGUCAGUUGGCCUUCCAAAGAUGGCCUUCUAUAUACCUUGUUGUUGAUUGACGUUGACGAUCAGAACAAACUGCAUUGGUUGGUGAUCAAUAUUCCCCAAGAUGAUCUCCUGAAAGGCGACACCGUCGCCAAAUACAGCAGUCCCACUCCACCCUUGGGCCACACCCAUCGAUACGUCAUGAUAGUUAUGUCACAAGAACAGUACUUUGUGGACCUUGUGGUUCAGCGAUAUUCGAGAAAUGAAGCUUGCGAAACCCAUGGGAACAUUAACCUGACAGAUUUCCAGACCGCACAGGGUCUGUCCCAACCAGUGGCCGUCAAUUUCUUCACGGUUUCACAUAACAUAUUUGUUGAGAGCAUCUUGGCUUAUUGCGGCGAGAGUGUUGCAACCAGAAACCGAUAG